CCACGCCCCAUGGACCGCUGACGAGACAAGACAACCGACACCAAGCCAUCGCUGCGCAAACUGCCGCCAUCGCUCGCUGCGCCGUUUCUUGGGUCGUGUUUGUUGUUGCCGCAAGCAUCGUCAUCUCGCUGUUCGGCGUUUCCAUAAUAUCCGCCUCACUGCCCGAGUCCGUCGCGCGCCAUCUGGCUUCACCCCCGUCACGACCGCACUCCCCACUACGCCCGGCCUAGCACCAGCAACAUCUCUCGCGUCGCCGGCAUUCUCAAACACAGGCAAAUUGGCCUCACUAGUAGCAUAGAGGCCCUCCCGGCUGAGGCCGGACUCGCAUCGAGCUCCUGAUCUCAUCACUCGACGUGCCCUUAGCUCGCCUGCCGCGCCAACAUGGACUCAGACACCAACGACGGAGGGGCCGAUAAGAUCCAGUCGCUGCCCGUAAAGCGAAUCCGAUGGGCGACACACAGGGCGACUGGCACGACAGCCGCAAACAAGCGCCAUUCCCUCAAGGAGCGCCUGCACCGGCGCAUGGGCUCUGGGGGAGAGAAACGGGACUCACUGGGCAAAGAGGGAGGAUCAGCACCGGACGCGACAUCCGAGGGCUCAGAUGCAGGCAGCGACGAGCAGGAGGGCGGGCGGAGAGUCUACUUCAACGUUCCUCUGCCGCCGUCCGAACGCGACGAGGACGGCUCCCCAACAGUCCAAUAUGCGCGCAACAAGAUAAGAACAGCAAAGUACACGCCCAUCAGCUUUGUACCCAAGAACCUGUGGUUCCAGUUCCACAAUGUCGCCAACAUUUACUUCUUGUUCAUCAUUAUCCUAGGCAUUUUCUCGAUUUUUGGAGCCUCAAACCCAGCGUUGAACGCCGUACCUCUCAUCGUAAUUCUCGCCGUGACGGCUGUCAAAGACGCCAUUGAGGACUGGCGCAGGACAAUUCUGGACAUCGAACUCAACAACGCCCCAAUCCAUAGGUUGGUCGACUUCAACAAUGUUAACACUGCAGAGGAUUCUGUGUCGAUGUGGCGCAAGUUCAAGAAAGCGACCACCAGAACUAUCGUCACGACUUGGAGGGCCAUGAAAGGCGUAACAAAGAAAAAGGGUUCCAAGGGCAAGGGUGAGGGUAACAAGUCCAUUGAAGGCCCGCGGUCCUCAUUUGAUACACGACGGACAUCCGUUGCCUCGCGCCAGGAGUCAUAUUUUGGCCACCAGGAGGAUAUUCAGAUGACCCCCGUUCCCUCACCCUUGCCUGGUCAAUCCCCGACCCACUCUCCUCUCCUCACAGGGGGCCCAGGAGAAAACGACAAGGUUCGGGGCGCCGAUUCCAAGGGGACUUCGACGAAGAAAUUCUGGGGCAACGUUAUCAAUCCAUUUAAGACGGCUCCCGAGAAAGCGCGGUUCAUGAAGGAUGCCUGGAAAAGCGUACAAGUAGGCGACUUUGUCCGCCUGUACAACGACGAGGAGAUACCUGCCGACGUCAUUGUCAUUGCUACUUCUUCCGACGAUGGUGCUUGUUACGUCGAGACCAAGAAUCUGGACGGCGAGACGAAUUUGAAAGUUCGCAACGCUCUGCACUGUACACGCGAUGUGCGACACGCCCGACACUGCGAACGAGCCGAAUUCGUCAUCGAAAGCGAGGGUCCACAUUCGAAUCUCUACUCAUAUAGCGCUGUCAUGCGAUGGCAGCAGCACAACCCGAAAAGUCAAGAGACACCGACGUACGAAAUGGCGGAGCCCAUUUCGAUCAACAACUUGCUUCUUCGUGGAUGUCAACUGCGAAAUACCGAAUGGGUUCUUGGUGUCGUUGUGUUUACUGGCGAGGACACCAAAAUUAUGAUCAACUCUGGUAUCACCCCGAGCAAACGCGCUAGGAUUUCCAAGGAACUGAACUGGAACGUCAUCUACAAUUUCAUUCUGCUUGCUGUCAUGUGUCUUAUUUCAGGCGUUGUUCUGGGAACCACGUGGGGUAGAAGCGACACCUCGCACGCACUUUUCGAAUAUGGGUCUUACGGCGGCAGGCCUGCUACGGACGGCAUAAUCGCUUUCUGGGCCGCCAUCAUCCUCUUCCAGAAUUUGGUGCCCAUCUCUCUUUACAUCACACUGGAAAUCAUCCGCACCCUACAGGCUUAUUUCAUCUACAGCGAUACACAGAUGUACUACGAUAAGCUCGACUAUCCAUGUACACCAAAGUCCUGGAAUAUUUCGGAUGAUGUUGGACAGAUCGAAUACAUCUUCUCGGACAAGACAGGUACACUGACGCAGAAUGUUAUGGAGUUCAAAAAAGCCACCAUCAAUGGUGUUCCAUACGGAGAGGCGUACACAGAAGCUCAAGCAGGCAUGCAACGAAGACAGGGUGUUAACGUCGAGGUCGAAGGGGCUCGUGCUCGUCAACAAAUCGCGCGGGAUCGCGUGCGCAUGAUCGAGGGGAGUCGGAAGAUACAUGACAACCCUUAUCUGUGGGAUGACGACCUGACCUUUGUAGCCCCGGAUUACAUCGAUGAUCUCGCUGGAGAGUCUGGACGAGAGCAGAAAUUGGCUAACGAACAGUUCAUGAUCGCACUCGCACUCUGCCAUACUGUUGUUACCGAGAAGACCCCUGGUGACCCGCCACGGAUCGAGUUCAAGGCCCAAUCACCAGAUGAGGCAGCAUUAGUGGCCACUGCACGCGAUGUAGGAUUCACAUUCGUCGGACGAGAAGACGAUCGUCUUAUCGUUAAUGUCCUUGGGGUUGAGCGUAAAUAUCAAGUUCUUAACACACUUGAAUUCAACUCAACGAGGAAGCGAAUGAGCGCCAUCAUCAGAAUGCCGGACGGAAAAAUUAUGUUGUUCUGUAAGGGAGCAGAUAGCAUGAUCUAUUCCAGAUUGAUCCCUAACGAACAACGCGAGCUUCGUGCGACUACUGGCGAGCAUCUCGAGAUGUUCGCGAGAGAAGGUCUACGAACUCUCUGCAUAGCUCAGAAGGAGGUUUCCGAAGCAGAGUAUACAGAAUGGAAUCGAGACUAUGACGUAGCUGCAAAUGCUGUCGCCGGCCGUGAAGAGAAGCUAGAAGAGGUAUCCGACCGUAUUGAGAAUCAACUAUGGCUUAUUGGCGGCACUGCCAUCGAAGAUCGACUACAAGACGGCGUUCCCGAGUCCAUUUCUCUUCUUGGUCAAGCUGGUAUCAAGCUGUGGGUCCUGACUGGUGAUAAGGUCGAGACAGCUAUCAACAUUGGAUUCUCCUGCAAUCUCCUCGACAACGAUAUGGACCUCAUCAUUCUCAAGGUAACAGACGACAACAUCGCAUCUGUAGGAGCCCAACUCGACGAGAAGCUCGCCAUAUUUGGUCUGCAGGGAUCUGAAGAAGAACUGGCCGCCGCUCAAAAUGAUCACGAACCGCCUCCAGCCACGCAUGCCCUUAUCAUUGAUGGAGAUACCCUCAAACUGGCUUUGGAUGACUCGGUCAAGAGGAAGUUCUUGUUGCUCUGCAGAAAGUGUCGAUCGGUUCUUUGCUGUCGAGUCAGCCCCAGUCAAAAGGCAGCAGUUGUGAACAUGGUGAAAACCGGAUUGGAUUGCCUGACACUUGCUAUCGGAGAUGGUGCCAACGAUGUGGCCAUGAUUCAGGAAGCCCAUGUUGGUGUUGGAAUAGCUGGUGUCGAAGGUCGGGCGGCAGUCAUGUCCUCCGAUUACGCAAUCGGCCAGUUCCGCUUCCUCACUCGUCUAUUGCUUGUUCACGGUCGAUGGUCAUACCGACGACUUGCAGAGACCAUCGCUAAUUUCUUCUACAAGAACGUCGUUUGGACGUUUGCUUUGUUCUGGUACCAAAUCUACGCCGAUUUCGAUAGCGCCUACAUCUUCGACUAUACUUACAUUCUCCUUUUCAAUCUUGCCUUUACUUCUCUUCCAGUGAUAGUCAUGGGUGUCUUGGAUCAAGAUGUCGAUGCCCUGGUAUCCUUGGCUGUUCCUCAACUCUACCGACGCGGUAUCGAGCGGAAGGAAUGGACACAGCCGAAGUUUUGGGCGUACAUGGCCGAUGGAGCCUAUCAAUCCGCAGUCGCGUUUUUCUUUGUAUAUGAGAUAUUCGCACCCGCUACAUUUUCGAGCUCCAAUGGAUUGGACCUUGCUGAGUACAGACGGAUGGGUGUUUACGCUGCUACCACUGCUGUCUGCGCCGCUAACAUUUACGUCCUUUUCAACACUUACCGCUGGGACUGGCUGAUGCUUACAAUCGUGGCUGUCAGCACAAUUCUAAUCUGGAUCUGGACCGCAAUCUACACGUCUUUCACUGGGAGUGCGCAAUUCUACAAGGCGGGUCGCGAAGUGUAUGGAAAUCUGAACUUCUGGGCAUACGUCCUCUUGGCGAUUGUCGCAUGUUUGCUUCCCCGUUUCAUGUUCAAAUCUGCACAGAAACUGUUUUUCCCAAUCGACGCGGACAUCAUUCGAGAGCAAGUCGCGCAAGGAAAAUUCGACUACUUGAAAGAUGGCACUACUUCAAUUCCUCCUCCACAAGAGGAGGCUGCCAAGCCAGAAGCUGAUGCCACAAAAUACAAGGCCGCCAACGCCGACGCUACCGACGAGGACGUUCGCCCUAUCUACCCGCCUUCGGUGGUGACGACACACAACCCACGCUCCACGAAUGGCAGCAACAGUACCGACUUCACGCUCCGCCGCUCCAUGGAAGGCUUACCACCUGCACCACGCAUGUCGGUAGAAGGACGCGUAGAAAGUACGCAGCGCCCUGAACACCGCGUGCGACCAAGUUUCGACCGUGCGCGUAUGUCCAUGGAUCCUGUGCGUGCUAGCUUCGAGCAGAGUAACGACUUCACCUCUGCGGCGAUGUUGACGCGUCUCGAAUCUGCACACAGUCGGAACAGUUACCAGCACCCUAACCCUCAAGGACAAGGGAACGCGACUCCCAUGAGCAAAUUACGGAAUGCGUUGAGAAGAGCGACGAUCACAAGAGAGGAGCAACCGCAGGACUUGGACGCUCCGCCUAUGCCUAAGAGUCCGCCGGGAAGUCCGAAGCGGUAGUAUCACACGUGAAGUUGGGCGACUGUGGAUAACGUUGUUGCGUAUACCCCUGAUUACAACACGGCCUUGUACAUAAAACCAUCUCUUACGCAUUGCGUAUCGAUGUCUCACUGCAUCUCUAUAUUUUUCUUAUUAUCUUAGCCUCUGGGGGGGUUUCAGGAGCAAGCAGCGUUUUUGGAAACCUCGACGUUUUGUAUGAUCCAAAUUUGUCGAUUUUGCUUUGCGUUUCUUUCCUUUUUCUUUCUACAAAGCCGUCCAUGGAUUGGCUUGCCUAAGGCAGGUGCGUUUGUUUUAUCUUGCGGAGCUUCGAGAUUGCACUGGCAUUUAUAGACUGAUGCGGUAUGGAUGAUCGGAUAUAUGGGUGUAUAUAUUUAAUGAGUGUAACUGGCUUUCAUUGCAAGU